GCACGGAAAAGGCAAAGCAGCAGCACUUCAUCGCUUUCAGCAAGAUAGAGCAAGAAAGAGCGACUGGAGAAGGAAGGAAGCAGAGCAUACGAAGUAAACUAGGAAAGGAAGAAGAAAGAGUUCCUCGUCGUUUCCUUUCCUUCUUGCGAUACGAAUGUGAUCUCUGUUCCAAAAGCAUUGCAGCUGGACAGAGCAAUCUAAGCUCCCCAUAUCCUCUCAAGUCUCAAGCACACAACUUUGAUCUUCCGCCAUAGCAGUCUCCAUUGUUACUUCCGCUUCUGGCGGGUUCCGUCCCUCCCUUAUGGACUCUCUUUGAAAUAAGUCGAUCCAAUUUCAGACUCCCCCAUUUUCGCGAGAGAUCUGUCCUCACAAUCGUCGGCACUCGGUUUCGGGCAAGCAAUGCCGCUCAAGAGGGGAUUGUCCGCCAGUCGGAACAACCGAGGCCCCGCUGGUGGAUCUCGAUUGCCGAUUACGCUUGCGUUAUUCUUCUUCUUGUUCUUGGUGGCUCUGAUGUUCUCCGUUGGUCCUUGGCUCCGCACCGGCGCUCCGAUCGAUGAAGCCAGUCUUCUGAGUGGCUCCAUUAACCAGGAUUUGGAUUGGAGAGAACGGUUGGCAUUGCAACAUGUCAGAUCGCUUUUCACUAAGGAUGUCAUUGAUGUGAUCACAGCUAAUACUGCUGAUUUGGGGCCUUUUAGUCUUGAUGCUUUUAGAAGAAGCAAUCUGUCUGCUUCGUGGAAACUUGUUGGAGCUGAGGCUUCAGCUGACCAUUUAUCCUCGUCCGAGUUAAAACCAAAGCAAUCAGCUACCAUUGUCAAGCAAGAAGUACCUACCAAAAAAGAUACAAAGUUGUCUGAUGAUCAGGCUCCAUUUGUUGAAUCACCUGAAAAAUUUGCUCGAAGGCAACUAAGAGAAAAAAGACGCGAAAAACGUGCAGCGGAGUUGAUGCGGCAAGGAGAUGAAACAACUAUAAAAUUUGAAAAUGCUGCUAUUGAACGCUCUAAAUCAGUUGACUCUGCUGUUCUAGGAAAAUACAACAUUUGGAGAAAAGAGAUCGAGACAGAGAAUGUUGAUUCUACUGUACGCUUAAUACGAGAUCAGAUGAUAAUGGCAAGGGUAUAUAUAAGUAUUGCAAAGAUGAAAAAUAAGCCUGGUUUGCAGCAAGAGCUACAAACUCGACUUAAAGAGAGUCAGCGUGUCGUAGGAGAUGCAACAGCUGAUUCCGAACUACAUCAAAGUGCUCCGGAGAAAAUUAAAGCCAUGGGGCAAGUUUUGUCCAAAUCAAGAGAACAGUUAUAUGACUGUAAAAUCGUCACUGGGAAGCUCAGAGCAAUGCUCCAGACAGCUGACGAGCAAGUCAGGAGCUUGAAAAAGCAAAGCACAUUCCUGAGUCAAUUGGCUGCUAAGACAGUUCCUAACGGAAUUCAUUGCUUGUCUAUGCGCCUAACAAUAGACUACUAUCUCCUUCCUCUAGAGAAGAGAAAGUUUCCGCACAGUGAGAAUCUGGAAAAUCCAAGUUUAUACCACUAUGCUCUCUUCUCUGAUAAUGUUUUAGCAGCUUCAGUUGUUGUCAACUCAACUAUUGUGAAUGCAAAGGACCCAUCCAAACAUGUAUUCCACCUGGUUACCGAUAAACUAAAUUUUGGAGCAAUGAAUAUGUGGUUUUUAUUGAAUCCCCCUGGAAAGGCCACUAUCCACGUCGAGAAUGUAGAUGAAUUCAAGUGGCUUAAUUCAUCCUACUGCCCGGUUCUCCGUCAGCUGGAGUCUGCUGCAAUGAAGGAGUAUUACUUCAAGGCAAAUCACCCCACAUCUCUCUCUUCCGGUGCUUCAAAUCUGAAGUAUCGGAAUCCCAAGUAUCUCUCGAUGCUCAAUCACCUGAGGUUUUAUCUUCCAGAGGUUUAUCCCAAGUUGAAUAAGAUACUGUUUCUUGAUGAUGACAUCGUCGUCCAAAAAGAUCUGACAGGGCUAUGGGCCGUGGAUCUGGAUGGAAAAGUGAAUGGUGCGGUGGAAACAUGUGGCGAAAGCUUUCACCGGUUUGACAAGUACCUCAACUUUUCAAAUCCUCACAUCGCCAGAAACUUUGAUCCGAAUGCUUGUGGAUGGGCAUACGGUAUGAAUAUAUUUGAUCUUGAAGAGUGGAAAAGGAAGGAUAUCACUGGCAUAUAUCACAAGUGGCAAAACAUGAAUGAGGAUAGGGUACUUUGGAAGCUUGGGACGCUGCCACCAGGUUUGAUAACAUUCUAUGGAUUGACGCACCCACUUGAGAAGUCAUGGCAUGUCCUUGGUCUGGGUUAUAACCCAAGCGUGGACAAAGGGGAGAUCGAUCGUGCUGCAGUGGUUCACUAUAAUGGCAAUAUGAAGCCAUGGCUGGAGUUGGCAAUGACGAAAUACAGGCCAUAUUGGACCAAGUACAUCAAGUAUGAUCAUCCCUAUCUGCGCAAGUGCCGCCUAAGUGAAUGAAUGAGCCCCAAUUGGUAAGGCUGGGUACACAGCAGAAAUGCAGUUACUUGAUGCAGGCACGAGAAGAAGGAAUGUGGCUGAGUUUUCUGUGCUGCACUUCCGUCCGAAUUCCACUAUUGUUCAUACAUCUUCAGUUCCUCUUUCCAUUCAUUGCAUUCGUUUCCAUCAUUUCCUACAGCCGUUGGAAGCAGUUACUUGAUAAUUCCCAUCUCUCUCCCAUGUUGACCUGUAAAAUAUCCCAAAACAAGACUGACUCUCUCUCUCUCUCUCUUCCAUCUUAUUGCUUUCAGCUUUUAGAUCUCUUGUAUUUGGUCCUGGAUGGAUGUUUCAGGAACUGAGUUCGGUUUGACAGUCUAGGAAAACUCCACAUAUGUGUUAGCUUUCGACAAUGCUGUUUGUCAGAGAUGACUAUGAGGAAUCACAGUCCACUGACUUGCAAAUUGCAAUACCACCUUUUCAAACACCUUUUUAGGCUUUUGAUA